AGGCUUCUACUCCUUCCUCUCCUCUUCCUCCCAAGAAUCCCCAUAGCUCAAGCAAAGGGAGAGAGCAGCAGCAGCAAGAGGAGCACGCGGGGAGCUAGCUAGCUCCGCCGCCGCCGACGAGCUCCGGCGGCUCGCCGUUAUCCGCUCGCUGAUCGAGCCGUGUGCGGGUGAGAAAGAAAAAGAAAAAAAAAAGAUCGCGCCUUUUUGGCGGCUUCUUGGGGUGUGAAUCCACGGUUUCCCCGGGGUAGGAUCUUGAUGGGGCUCGAGGAAGGCGGCGCGAUGAGGGCGCUGAUGCGGCGGAAGCAGGUGGACUCCGACCGGGUCCGCGCCGCCGGCGGCCACCAGCUCGCCAAGGAGCUCUCCGUUACGCAGCUCGUCGCGAUUGGUGUUGGUUCAACAAUUGGAGCUGGAGUAUAUGUUCUUGUGGGAACAGUUGCUCGGGAGCAUGCUGGGCCGGCAUUGACACUUUCAUUUCUGAUAGCUGGAGUGGCAGCUGCACUCUCAGCUUUCUGUUAUGCAGAGCUUGCUAGUCGCUGCCCUUCUGCAGGAAGUGCCUACCAUUAUUCGUACAUCUGCGUUGGCGAAGGAGUUGCAUGGCUGAUUGGUUGGGCAUUGAUACUGGAAUACACCAUCGGCGGAUCAGCUGUUGCCCGUGGCAUUUCUCCCAAUCUGGCUUUAUUUUUUGGAGGACAGGAUAGUCUACCAUGGUUUUUAGCACGCCAUGAGCUUCCAUGGUUUGAUGUUGUUGUCGAUCCUUGUGCGGCUUUCCUGGUUCUCGUUGUCACCGCCUUGCUAUGCAAGGGGAUAAAAGAGAGCUCAUUUGUACAAGGAGUUGUGACAGUCCUAAAUUGCUUCGUGAUGCUAUUUGUUAUUAUAGCCGGCAGUUACAUUGGCUUCCAAACAGGAUGGGUCGGCUAUAAGGUGGCUGGCGGGUUUUUCCCUUAUGGGGCGAACGGAAUGCUUGCUGGGUCAGCAACUGUUUUCUUUGCCUACAUAGGCUUUGAUUCAGUUGCUAGCACUGCCGAGGAGGUGAAAAAUCCCCAACGAGAUCUGCCACUGGGAAUAGGAACAGCAUUGUCAGUUUGCUGUUCCUUAUACAUGUUGGUUUCAGUUGUUAUCGUUGGUCUGGUACCAUAUUUCGCUAUGGACCCAGAUACCCCUAUAUCAUCAGCCUUUGCAAGACAUGGGAUGCACUGGGCCAUGUACCUUGUUACAACUGGUGCUGUUCUUGCUCUUUGCUCAACCUUGAUGGGAUCGAUUCUGCCACAGCCAAGAAUAUUGAUGGCCAUGGCACGCGAUGGGCUUUUGCCAUCCUUCUUCUCUGAUGUCAACCAGCGGACACAAGUUCCUGUCAAGAGCACAAUUGUUACUGGCAUAUGUGCAGCUUGUCUGGCCUUCUUCAUGGAUGUGUCACAACUGGCAGGAAUGGUCAGUGUGGGCACACUCCUUGCAUUCACUAUAGUUGCUGUGUCCAUCUUGAUCCUCAGAUAUGCUCCUCCAGAUGAGGUACCCCUGCCAUCUUCUCUGGAAGCGUCAUUCCGUUUGAGCCAAGAAUAUGAUGAGGAAAAGGUUAGGGGUCCUCCUGUAGAUGCGAAUCAUGAACAGUUGUCAUCUGUGGUAGAAUCAAUAAAUGACACCCUUAUCGAGAAGAAGCAAGACACAAGUGUGGAGGAGUCAAAGCGUCGGAAAGCAGCUGUUUGCAGCAUAUCAUCUGUAUGUGUAGGGGUUGUGGUCCUCACAACUUCAGCUUCUUUCACAUUCUUGCCAUUCCUUUUGCGAUGCUUCUUCUGUGUUUUUGGUGGCCUACUCCUCCUAGCCGGUCUCGGUGUCCUCUGCUAUAUCGACCAAGAUGACGGGAGGCACUCAUUUGGUCACUCUGGAGGAUUCAUCUGCCCCUUCGUUCCGUUGUUGCCGGUGAUGUGCAUCCUCGUGAACACAUACUUGUUAGUAAACUUGGGUGGAGGGACAUGGAUGAGAGUUGGGGUAUGGCUGGUAAUGGGAGUAUUCGUGUACAUUUUCUAUGGCCGGACCCACAGCUCAUUGACCGACGUGGUGUAUGUUCCGGUGGCGCAAGCGGAAGAGAUAUACGGUUCAUCAUCUUCAUCAGGAUUUGUGGCCUAGGUAAGGAGCAGAGUACCAAAGCCUUGAGUGAUGAAAUGCUCCAAAAUCAAUUUUACCACACUUUGAACAAACCUGGCUGAAAGGGACUCCUGCUGCUGCGUUCUGUAUUGCAUGCCAGGCAUAUGGGUUUGAAGAAUUCAAUUCAUAUAUUGAUUUUUAAAUUGUAUAAAUUAUAGUGUAAGGUCAUAUUUCGUAUAAGCACCUAGUUGAAUGAAUGUGAAUAUUAAAUAGAUAUAUAAUGAAGAUAAGGUCUGUAAUAUGUGUAAAUUCACUAGAGUAUAUCCCAGCUUCUGCUGGGAAAAUUCAUAUUUCCAUGUACCUUUUGCACUCGAGGUCUUCUUGAGUGGGAAAUGCUGAAGACCUUGGUCAGAUCCUGCAACAUGAAUAAAGUCAACACAUUCCCAUUC